GUUUUCCGCCCGGUUUCCAUGGCGACGCGAGGCUGCCGUGCCCCCGGUUUGUUGGCGGGGAGACCCCCCCCGGGGCGGGCACCCGCGUGACGGCCGAGCCCCGCGCCGGGCGGGCCCGGGCGGCGGCGGCGGCGGCGGCGGGGAGCGUCGUGAGCCGGCCAUGCCAGUGCUGUGCGGCGGUGCUGAGUCAGAAGCAGGUAUCCCGAAAGCCCCCUCUGAUGAGCGGCGCCGCGGGGCCAUGGAGGAGCUGGAGCACACCUGUCCGCAGCCGCGCCUGACUCUGACAGCACCUGCCCCAUUUGCAGAUGAAACAAGCUGUCAGUGCCGAGCACCCCAUGAGAAGCUGACCAUUGCACAAGCCCGCCUGGGAACACCAGUUGACAGACCUGUCAGAGUGUAUGCAGAUGGGAUAUUUGACCUCUUCCACUCUGGCCAUGCUAGAGCUCUUAUGCAAGCCAAAACUCUAUUCCCAAAUAGCUACUUAUUAGUAGGAGUUUGCAGUGAUGAGCUAACCCAUAACUUCAAGGGCUUCACGGUGAUGAAUGAGAACGAGCGGUAUGACGCCGUGCAGCACUGUCGCUAUGUGGAUGAAGUGGUGAGAAAUGCACCGUGGACACUCACCCCUGAGUUCCUUGAGAAACAUAAGAUUGACUUUGUAGCCCACGAUGAUAUCCCGUACUCCUCUGCUGGCUCGGAUGAUGUAUACAAGCACAUAAAAGAGGCAGCUACCUGCCGCAGUGCCUGGUCCUGCCGUGCUUUUCCAGCUGGCUUUCUUUUCCCACUUUGCUCAGGAAUGUUCGUACCAACGCAGAGAACUGAAGGUAUCUCAACAUCAGAUAUAAUCACAAGGAUUGUCCGGGACUAUGAUGUGUAUGCCCGGCGCAACCUCCAACGAGGAUACACCGCCAAAGAGCUGAACGUUAGUUUUAUAAAUGAGAAGAAAUAUCGCUUUCAAAACCAAGUGGACAAAAUGAAAGAAAAAGUGAAGAAUGUAGAGGAAAAAUCAAAAGAAUUUGUGAACAAGGUGGAAGAGAAGAGCCAUGACCUCAUUCAGAAAUGGGAAGAAAAGUCCAGGGAAUUUAUUGGCAACUUUUUAGAGCUGUUUGGACCUGACGGAGCCCUGAAGCAGAUGUUCCAGGAGCGAAGCGGCCGAAUGCUCCAGGCUUUCUCUCCACGGCAGAGCCCAACCAGCAGCCCUACACGAGGCCGCUCGCCAUCCCGCUCACCAUCCCCUCCAUGGGUCUUCAACAAAGCCUCCCCACCCUCUUCUCCUAAAGCUGCCUCCGCCUCCCUCAGCAGCAUGAGCGAGGGAGACGAGGAUGAAAAAUAAAAUACGGAUAUAUUUUUUAACCAUGAGACAGAAGAACAAGCUACGGACUCAACCGCUGGAUGGGGAGAAGAGUGAGAAACAUCUGGGGUAUCUCUGACAGCAGGGAACGUGCUCUGGGAGAUAUUGGAAAUGGACUGGAGCACAGCAAGGGAGAUCUCAGGAAGAGCGUAUCCCAUCCCCGCUCCCUCGCAGUGCCUGGAGGCCUCACCGGCAGCAUUUGCCUGUCACAGUGCCAGGGACUGGCAGAAUAGCAUCCGCCUGCGAGUGAGCUCCUGUCCAUGUGCUGCUGCUUCCUGCUGCUGGGGGCUGGCCAGAUCAGGGGGUACCAAGCUGAGCGGGAGCCACAGCCCUCCAAAGACCUGACCCAACAUGUGGGCACACAGCUGCAGUUGGAGAAAUCGGACCCUGCAACCUAGAGCUCUUCCAGCACGCAAAGGAAGGGCAUUGCUGCAGCAAAUACAUUCAGAAACAGGAAAUAAACCUUCUUUUCUGAAUGAAAUCCACCCCAGACCUUCAAUCAUGCCAUUGAAAUGGAGAGUUGUCCAGCUGAGCAGAUAGAAAUUCAUUUGAUACACUCAAACUGCUGAAUGUUGCUCGUUGACCAAGCCUUUGUUCUGGGCAUAUGUAAAGAUCCCGGCUGUAGAAACACCCUGAGCUUUAUCAAAUCUUUUCCCAUGUUCCUAGUGCCUGAACAGCUACAUCACAACCUCUGUUCCCUAGGUUUGCACUUUGGAGACAAGAAAGUAAGCGAAGAGCACCCUAGCUGGAAUUUCUUGUAGUGGGAAAUAUCUGGUCUGAGGACUGGCAUUUGCUGCUGCUGACUGGUACUAACAUAUGUGGAGUCCUACUGCCCAGGGACAGACUGACCUCUCCUGGAAACCCCACUGCUCCCAGACAUCACCCUGCAGCAAUCCCAGCAGUGCUGCUGUCCCCGUGCACUGCUAAUCUAGUCAAAGAAAUUGCACGUGACAGUCUGGAACAAAUGUGUCCACAGACAAGCUGUCCUUGCAUGGGGUGCUGGGGCCAUUCCUCUACCCUAAUACGGAGAUGAGGCUGCCUCAGGCAGCUAAUGGGGCCCCAGUGACUGCUGAUACGAGGUGGGCCCUAUCCGUGUGGAUGGGCCAGCCUCUGAGCGACCUGAUCUAGUUGCUGAUACCCCUGUUCAUUGCAGGGGAGUUGGACUGGAUGAUCUUUGAGGUCCCUCCUGACUCAAACAAUUCUGACUCUGUGAUUCAAAGUGGGCUUAGGCACUGGGAUUUUCCUUCUCUUGCUGUGACGUACUUAAGUCCCCAAGCAGAACUACAGAAGUAGCACUAAGGAAGCUUUCUCCUCUCCAUGAUGCACACUCUGAUCGCCUGCAGCUUGGCAAAUAACUGACUUGCCUUCCUCCUGGCUCUACCAUGCAGCCCCUCAGCUGGCACUUGUCCCCCAGCACUGGAACAGGCUGCCCAGGGAGGUGGUGGGGUCACCAUGGAGAUGUGGCACUGAGGGAUGUGGUUAAUGGGCUUGGGGAUGGGCCAAUGGUUGGACUAGACGACCUCAGUGGUCUUUUCCAAUCUUAAUGCUUCUAUGACGUGUCUUGGGGAAUGCUUUGCCAAACAACCCCGAGUACCACAGGACCCAGUAACCACCUCAAGGCAUUCAUUGCCUUCUGGAGCCCCGCUGGCUCCUCCGUCACAGAGCUGCAACAAGAGGUGAGCAGGGAACGGGUCGAAUGCUGCUUUCAUGAGGAAGUGCAUGAGGAGAGCCACAGUGAGCUCAGCUGCACACCUGGUGGGAUGAUGCAAUUGAGACCUUUCUCAGCCUUAGGCAACCUGUUACUGUAAUUUCAUACCUGGGAUGCACUCGUUAGUUUUUCUGAUCCUUUGCAAGUUCAAGUCUUCCCAUCACAAACCACUCCUCCACCACGGGAACUGUCCGCUCGCUACUGGUGCUGUUCAUACAACGAGCCAUGUCCAAACACAAUGGAGGUGGGCAGGUUUUUCUUCUUGAGUUUUACUGUUGGUUUUAAUUUCAUAACGCUCCCUAUUCAGCAGCCAUCGGUCAGUGGUUGGGGUGGAAGACAGCAUCCAUAGCAUGUAGAUGGGGCUGGAGAGAAACUCAGAGCGACCUCUGCCUGGCAGAAGCUCUUUCUCAGUCCCAGGUGGCGACCCAGUGACAAAGCCAUAUCCUGUACCAGGCUUCCUUUUCCCACAUAGGAGGACAUCAAUAAGCCGAAGCCUUUCCCCUGCUGGUACAGACACCAAUAUCCAUAAUGCUGUCUCCAGCAAACCAGAACCUCAUUGUCUUUGGACACGUGGAAGGCCAUUUUGCACUUCUGAGUCAUGGUUGGCUUUUAUUUUUCAUGAGUGUUGCUUUAAUUCAGUCCUAUUUAUUGGCCAAGCUCCACAUGAAAAAUAAACAGUGUACAACAGAGA